AUGUCGGGGUUUGGCAGCAGUUUUGGCAGUCCGGCUCCUGGUGGUCCAGCCUCUGGACCUUCUUUAUUUGGCGCGAGCAGUAGCACACCGAACAACAGCGCGACGGCGGGUCACACACAAUCCAACAACACCGGAUUUGGCGCCUCGACGUCACCGCCAGCUUUUGGCGCACCCGUUUCCUUCGCUCCCACUGUCGCAUUUGCAGCUCCCGCUCCGGCUCUCGCCGCGCCUCUCUUUGGUAGCCCAACUUCUGUUUUCGGAAAUCGGUCGCCGGCACCUCGCAGUCGAAGUACCAGCCCGAUACCACCGAUCAACAUUUCGUCUCUCUCAGAUCGCAACGCACUUCGGUUUACUGGAAGUCAUAAUGGGAGAUCUCACAUGCCAGCUGAUCUACAAUCCAAGUCAGAAGAAGCUCCAAACUACGCGGCACUUCGUACGGAUCCACAAGGAGGUCGUGCAGAUUUAGGAUCGGCUGUUUCUAUGGUUGGCACGUGUCCGUACAUGUGUCCCGACGAAGAGCUCCUUCGCCGAGAAAGAGAGGGGGACAUUCAGCUUCUAGAGACCCCACAGCCGGGAACGUUGCACCCAGAAUCAUGGACGUAUCGUGACACCGUCGUUAAGCGCUUUCGAAGAUCAGCCGCCGAUUACAAGCUGGAUGUACCUGAAUGGGUGCGUCCUCCUGAUGUCCUGGAGCGUGUUUGCUCGUAUCUGGAAGAAUGGAUUAUGGAAAAAGAUCGACAAGGACCAGACCAGCGCUUUCCUCAGGGAGGUGUGCCCCCGUCGCUCGAUGUCUACCAAUUUAUCUGGGACCGCACAAGAAUGAUACGGAAAGAUUUCAUCUUGCAAAAUUAUGUUGGAACAGGAGGCGCUUGUGACGCCCGGGCUGUACGAUGCCACGAACGGAUAGCAAGAUGGCACGCAAUGUGUGAGCACCAAUUGAGUCAUAUCUCAGAGUACGUGUCCCAUCAAAGUCAGCAGAAUAUUCAGGAGCUCGGUCAGACGAUGAAAACUCUAAAUCAAUACUACGAUGACUCUCUUAAGCGAUCCCUCAUCGAAGUACCUGAUGCACAGGGCAACGAGACAAGGCUUAACUUACUUGGCCAAGCACACGGAUGUGAAUCCAAUUCUGUGCAAGGUCCCAACCCUGUUGACUAUGAUGGGACUCCUUUGUCGAAUGACGAAGAUACGAGUCGGGUAUCCCUUCGGGUUAUUGGCGGUGAUGUAUCGCGUAGCUCGAUGCAUGGUACUGCCGAACCCGAAAUGCGUGGAUUGUAUAUUCUCCUUACAAUCGACAACGACGGAGGAAUGGAAGUCCUCAAGUAUGCUGCGUGGCUUUUUCGAGAACGUCCUUAUAUCUAUCAAUCGCAGCCAGUCCAACUCGCUAUGACCAUCUACAAGGCAAAGCGAGAGUUUAAUUACGCUCGUUUCUUUUCCAUUUUGCGAUCAUCAUCGACUCCAUAUCUAUUUGCGUGCAUCAUGUUUAAACAUGUUCAAGUGAUGCGCAAGAAUGCAUUCCAAAUCAUGUCAAAAACGUUCGGAGUCCGUAGUUCUGCAACUGAAGCUAUCUACGAUGCCUAUCCAUUAAGGGACUUGAUGAGACUGUUGUGUUUUGAGGACAUAGAGGAAGCUAGAAAUGCAUGCCAACACUACAACAUUACCUGCAAAGAAAUGAAGAUAAAAACGUCUGCUAGUGGUACUCGUAUUGAGGAUAUCGUGUUUUGGAGAGCAACGAAAUUUAGAGUACCCACAGAUGCCGAGAAGGGAACAAUUGUUCAGCUACGACCCAAAAAGAUGAUCAAGACCAUUGAAAGCAAGUUAAAUGGAGCCACCCGACUAGCCGUUUGCAGAGGAGAAGUGAGUGCUUUUGGGGCAUCGCCUACAGACAGAGAAUUCCCUCUUGUUUCGGCUCAGAGUCAAAAUGUUGCUUUGAAGGAAGACACUGUAAAGAGAAAUUCAGGAGAGGAGGUAGCUUCGUUAGCAGCAAGGAAGCAAGAAAUUGAACGCCAGCAGCAAGAAGAACUUGAAAAACGACAACAAAUCGAAAGACGUAGACUUGACGAAGAACGGAUACGCCAUGAAGCCGAAAGGGAACAACGCAUUUCGUUAGAGCUUAAACGCCAGGACAUGGAGUCGAAGCAACGUGAGAUAGAGCUUCGGCAGCAACAAGCGAAGGAGCGGAUAGAAUUGGAGCGCCUGCAAAAAGAAGAGGUGGAGCAGCAAAGAAAGCUUGAAGAGGAAGCUGAGCGAAAAGCGCGAGACGAAGAGGUCCGAAGGCAGCUCGAGUUGGAGAGACUUGAGAAAACUCGGCGCGAGGAGCUCAAGCGCCUCGACGAAGAAGCCCGGAAACGAGAGGAGGUUGAAAAACAGAGGUUACAGCGAGAGGCAGAAGAAGCAGAGGCUCGCAGGCAAGAGGAGGCGGCUCGACAGAAAAAGCUGGCGCUUGAAAAGGAAAAGGAACGACAGCAGUGCGAGGAAAAAGCGCGUUUAAAUGAUGUUCGAUGGCGAGAGCAAACUGAAGAGGCAAAAAAAAUUCUUUUAUGGAAACGAUGGAAGCAAAAACUUCCCAAGUAUUUGGAAAACGCGGAAGAGACCGCGCGAAUGUUGCAACAUUUGAGCCCCACCUCGUCAGCCUCCCUGAAACUUGUGAAGCUUCUUCACGGAGCCACUACAUUUCAUUCGCAUCAACCUGCUUCUCUGCUUCGCCACAAAUUUUCCUAUCCGCCUGAUUUGCGAAUGGUUCUUGAAAAUCUUCUCAACCAAGACACCAAACAAAUUAAUCUGUCGUCAGGCAUUGCUGAAUCAUUAUCUCGGAUAUGGCGUUGUUCAAGGUUGGACAAUUCUUGUCAAAAAUGUUUUUUAUUCAAGAUCGGAGUCUUGUGUCCACAGUCAAAAUCAAUUCGCCUACAAAGUCUUUCAGAAUUACUGAAAGCUUGGCUCCAAACUGUUCUUAGCUUUCACAAAAUACACGAGACAUCAACAACUUUCGUAAACGUCAGGGUGGUUGUUACUGACAGCAACCAUUCGAAAAUGGAUGAUUGCGAUUGUGUCUUGGUGGUGGUUCCUGUUAUGUUUUCGAUAGGCGAGGAGCUUUUGCGCCUCAAAGGUUUGUCUUCUACGAUUGGCCGAACCGUGCCGCGAGUUGUCCUCGGUCUUACGGACAAUUUUGAUCGGGCCUGUGUGGACGACAUGAAUCGUCGCUUGGAUGAUACGUUUUCAUCUUUAUCCAACAAUAUCACUUUAGUCAAUAAUGCUGAACUAUCACUAGAAGAUGUACGCGGUGCUUUGCAUUGUGCCUGCGAACAAAUUGCACAACGAAUUACGGAAGAAGCUCCAGUGGUUAUUCAAAGGAUGACUCCCGAGCAAGUUGCGUGCAAGUGCAUAUCGGACGCUAUCUCACAAUCUGGUCCUACCGAGAAGCGCGAUAAAAUCGUCGAACUAGCACAAGCAGCUCUCAUCAUAAUGAUCGAAGAGAUGGAAGACGUGGCGGCAGAAAGAGAAAGGGCUCCUUCUUGGCCGGCAUCUGAGUUUGCGAACGACAGCGGCCGCGUUUUGCAUUACUUUGGCCGAGGCGAACACUUGCCGCUGCUUUGGUCUUCGACCUUGUCCUUAGGAAACGUAGAAUCCCGGUUGACUCCUAUGUCGACUGUUUUGAAUGGUUCUUUGCCUGAUGCAUUGGAGCAGUUGCUCCGCGGGGCACCGGAACAGAUUCUUUACGAAUGCCACACUUUGCUGGACAAGAGGUUGUUUCGGCAAUGCCUACAGCAGUCUCUCUUUUGGUUCAGAGACGCUAUACAUCCCUGCACCAGCGAGUCUUUUCUGUAUUUCGCCCCGGGCGACGUAGAUUGUAUUGCUCAAGCAACCGGUAUUCGGCUCCGAAACCUUGUGGAACGAGAAAACUCGAUUUGCUUCGAAGCGAACGAAGGAAAAGAUGAUGUACGGGAAAAUGACCUGUUUGCGGAAGUUAUCGACUCGCCGUUGGAGUUUGACGGUGAAGCACAAUUAGCGUUGGGGAGCGCCACCGAGACACCGACUCCACCGGCAUCUCCCGAAGUCACAAAGACGACGCCUAAGCGGGCGUUGAGUGAUGCAAGCAUACAGCCGAUCGAUUCCGUGGAAGCCGGCUCGUUUGCAAAGCAAACACCGGGUGCGGUUCCGACUCCACAGUCCCUAUCGUACGGCACGUCCCCGAAGCGUGCCCGUCAGACGAGUGUGGCGACGACAUCACUCGUCGCUGUCUCGAGCGAUGUUAUGCACAGCCGUAAGUGGACGGAACGAUUGGAAGCGUUGGCGUCAGGUGACGUGAUGGCGGACAUGAUUGUGGGCCAGUAUAUGUUGUCGGCGCUCGUACAAGAUGCUCCGCCUCUGACGAAAGAAUAGUAGGACUAGUUGGAGAGUGUAACGAGUUUAGCAAUAAGCAACGUUACUCU